AUGGCCGACGUGUUGCCCGAAGGUUGGAGCGCCUACCAGGACGACCAAGGUCGCACCUACUAUGCCAACAUCACGCCGUCAGCUGACCGGGGAGACCAGCUGGGAGCCUCCGGCGCCUCAAGUGCUCCUGCCGGAGGGCUGGACGGCCCACCAGGCAAUGCACAUUGCGUUGAUUGCUUUGCUACUUUGCUGUGGGCCCUCCGGCCUCCUCGCUACGUUCAGGAUGAACAGGGCCGGACGUUCUAUGCCAACUGCACGACGGGGGAAUCCAGCCCGCAGCCAAGACAUCUCGAAAAAGAGUUUCGUGAGCAGCUUUCUUCCAUGGCUCGUGUCAGGUGGUCCACUUCGCAGGUCCUGAAGCUGGACCCCUCCUGGACAGAGGAGCUCAUGCUUCGCCUCGCCAUGCCGCCAUCCUUCGCCAUGUGCCUCCGGCUUUGGCUUCAGGAGUAUUUUGCUGGACGCUGCGACGUGGUUGACAAGGCUCGCUACGACUCGGUCACAGCUGCUGUGGACGAAGCCCGGUUGCACGCGGUGAGGCUUUGGGCGCCUUGCGGGCGAUUCAAGCGGGGCGAAGCGGUGAGCAUCUGUUCCUCAGAAGUCGCAAGCUGA